GUUCCCAUCGAUACUCCACUUCAGUUCCCGGUCCCCCCCGCCCGGUCUCUCUCUAUCAAUAAAUAUGCGUAGUCUCUAGUAGUCGUUUCUCUGGAGAAUCAAUCGAAGUGAACGAGGGUGCAUCUUCCGGCAUAGAUCUAGGGCUUCUUUGCUCCGCAGGUGGGUAAAUGGAGACGACUGCACCAGAGAAUUCACAGCCUUCAUUUUCUUCUAAUGCCCCGGAUCCCCACUCGGAAGAUCCUGAUCAAAAUCUCUUAAAUCAUGGAGAUGAAGGAAAGAAGCAAGAGAUCACUGAUGAAGAAGUUAGAGAAAUAGUGGAAGUCAUUGCAACCACUGGAAAGUUUUGGCAUGAGUGGGACACAUUGAAGAGCUUGCUAUCAUUUCAGCUGAAGCAGGUCCUAUCUGAGUAUCCAGAAGCAAAGAUGGCCAAUGAUCAACAAAGUUCUUUAUUAGGAGAAACACAUGCCGAGUUGGUUAAAAGGUUGGAUGAAGUUCUCCUUAGCUUUGUAGAAGGUCCUCCAUUCACCCUUCAGAGGCUCUGUGAGAUUCUCCUUGCUGCACAGAGCAUAUAUCCGAACCUUUCAAAGCUUGCUCUUGCAUUAGAAAAGAAUUUGUCAGUGACCUCAACUCUAUCCAUGUCUACCGAUCCAUACCCAUCGAUGAAACAAAAGCCGAGUGAACCUGCCAAUGGAAAUGAAGAUCUCCAAGAUCACUCCUAUCCAAUCCAAAAUGGGGUAGAAGGUAACACAGGUGAUGGGGAUGAAGAAAUGGUGGAGGCAGAGGGGGAUGCAGAGGCGGAGGCCGAGGCAGAGGCAGUCGAGGAAGAUAACAAAGACAGUAAUAUGGAGACUACAGGUGAAAUGACGGAUGCAACACAAGAAACAAGCUCUGAUGUAAGCACCAAUUCUGAGCCUUCCACUGAGUCCUCUCCUUUGAGCGAACAGGUCAAUUCUACUGGCUCAUAGACAAAUCCUUCCUAGUCUGGAAAUGAACUAGCCCUCGUCUUUAUUUCUUUGAUUUGGGCUAUAUAUGCCAUGUGUGCUUCGACCAUGGUUUCAUUUCAGUUGGAAAGAGCUGCAAGGAUCACUUGAUCACUUUGGGUUUUGUUGCUCUAAGGGGAAAAUAUGAACAUCGGUCCCGAGAGACCUGAGGUUGGAGUUGUUUUGGAAACCUUUUGGGAUAAGGCUUUAAUGUUCAAUAUAACUACUUGAUACAUGCAUAUACAGCCAAUGUACCAGACUACCAGCACUACCACUUCAACUAUAAGAUCAUCAUAUGAAAUUACUAGGUCAA